UGAGAGGCCCGGCGGUGGCGGCGGUGGCGGCGGCGGCGGCAGCUGUGAGGGGGUUCCCGGAAGAUGGUGCUGAUUAAGGAAUUUCGUGUGGUUUUGCCGUGUUCUGUUCAGGAGUAUCAGGUUGGACAGCUUUACUCUGUUGCAGAAGCCAGUAAGAAUGAAACUGGUGGCGGAGAAGGAAUCGAAGUCCUGAAGAAUGAGCCCUAUGAGAAGGAUGGAGAGAAGGGGCAGUACACACACAAAAUUUACCACCUGAAGAGCAAAGUUCCUGCGUUUGUGAGGAUGAUCGCUCCUGAGGGCUCCUUGGUGUUUCACGAGAAGGCCUGGAACGCUUACCCCUACUGUAGAACAAUUGUAACGAAUGAAUAUAUGAAAGAUGACUUCUUCAUCAAAAUCGAAACAUGGCACAAACCUGACUUAGGAACGUUAGAAAAUGUUCAUGGUUUAGAUCCAAACACAUGGAAAACUGUUGAAAUUGUCCACAUAGACAUUGCAGAUCGAAGUCAAGUUGAACCAGCAGACUACAAAGCUGAUGAAGACCCUGCAUUAUUCCACUCAGUCAAGACCAAGAGAGGCCCCCUGGGACCUAACUGGAAGAAGGAGCUGGCGAACACCCCUGACUGUCCUAAGAUGUGUGCCUACAAGCUGGUGACCAUCAAGUUCAAGUGGUGGGGGCUGCAGAGCAAAGUCGAGAACUUCAUCCAGAAGCAAGAAAAACGGAUAUUUACAAACUUACAUCGCCAGCUCUUUUGUUGGAUUGACAAGUGGAUUGACCUGACGAUGGAAGACAUUAGGAGAAUGGAAGAUGAGACUCAGAAAGAACUAGAAACACUACGGAGUCAAGGCCAAGUGAGGGGAACAAGUGCGGCCUGUGACGAGUGAAGACACCACCAGUGUCUCUCAGUGAUGACUCAAGCGCCCGUGUGCACACACACACACACAUAUACACACACACAGGUUUGUGUGUAUAUGUGUGUAUGUCUGUAGCUGUAUGAAAAACACAUAUGGCUACAGGCCUAGAUACACACAAGUGUAUAUAUGUACAUGCAAAACAUUGAAGGGAUCAGUACAAUUUCUCCAAAGUACUGUACCGAUCUUCAGCAAAAAUACUAAAGAAAAUAUUUUCAAUAUAUAUACCUGGAACAGAUUUUAAUAAUCAUCAAUGUGAUGCCCUUGAUGGAUAAAUGGACUGCCAUGUGGUGCCAUGUGGUGCUGGCUGGCGUGCUUCCUGAAUGCCA